CAGCAGCAGAAUGCAGCGCUGGUGCACCAUUGCAGUAGUCGCCUGUAUCCUGUUCUUAUCCAGCAAUGCCUUCCGAAGGAUUUCCCUCAAGAAAAUGCCCUCCAUCCGACAGACCAUGCAGGAGAUGGGUGUGAAAGCAUCAGAUGUCGUCUUGUCACUGAACCAUAAUGAACGCUCUUUUGGCAUUAGGCCCCAUAACAAAACAGCACCUACCAUCCUCACCAACUACCAGGACGUGCAGUAUUAUGGUGAAAUCCUCAUUGGUACACCAGCCCAAACCUUUAAAGUAGUCUUUGACACUGGUUCUGCUAACCUUUGGGUGCCGUCAUACAAAUGUUCCCCAUUGUUCAGCGCUUGUGUUUCACACAACCGCUAUGACUCCUCAAAAUCAAGCACAUACCUUGAAAACGGAACCAAAAUUGCAAUCCAGUAUGGACAAGGAAACAUGAGGGGUUUCCUUAGCCAGGACAUUGUCACAGUUGCUGAUAUUCCUGUCUUCCAAGAGUUUGCAGAAGCCACAGCACUAACCAACGAUCCUUUCAUCUAUGCCAAGUUUGAUGGGGUGCUUGGUAUGGGAUAUCCCAGCCAAGCUGUAGAUGGUGUUAUUCCAGUGUUUGACCGGAUUAUUUCUCAGAAGGUUCUGAAGGAGGAAGUGUUCUCGGUCUACUACAGCAGAAAUUCUCAGCUGAACACUGGUGGAGAAAUCAUCCUAGGAGGCAGUGACCCAUCUUACUAUACCGGAGAGUUCCACUACCAUACCAUUAGUAGGAAAGGCUACUGGCACAUUGAUCUUCAAGGGGUAUCUGUAGGAAGUGAAAUGUUGUUCUGUCAAGAUGGUUGUACAGCAGCUGUCGACACUGGGACUUCUUUUAUUACUGGCCCAGCUAGUUCUGUGUCAGUCCUGAUGAAAGCUAUUGGAGCUACUUUGAUUUCAGAAAAAGAUUAUGUCGUUGAAUGCAGCAAAGUCCAGUUGCUGCCUGAUAUUUCCUUUGUCUUCGAAAGCAGACCCUACACUCUCAGCGGUUCUGCCUAUGUCCUCCAGCAUUCCAGUUAUGGGAACGGUCUAUGUGUUGUGGCCUUCUCAGCUUUUGACAUCGCUCCUCCACUGGGCCCUCUAUGGGUUCUGGGUGCCAGUUUCAUCGGAGAGUACUACACUGAAUUUGACCGGAAGCACCACCGGAUUGGCUUUGCUAAAUCCCUCUGACACCAGGAGAAUCCUAAUUUGGAUGAUUUUGUAUUUAGAAGAGAGACUACUUAAACUGUGAAAAAGGAUAGCUUAAUAAUAUAUUUUCUGCAAAUACAUGAAGAAAUUGUGUCAAUAUGUAUGGAAAACCUUUUUCAUUGAUCUGCUAUACAAGCAGCAAUUACAUCUUUCUGUCACAAAACCCUCAGAAUUCACUGUCCCCUUUCCCUCUUGUCCACUCAAGUCAGUUGAAAGGUUGUGCACGCUAUCUUGUAACUUGAUAAACUCUACCCUGCAAACAGAAUAUCUAUUGAAUAUUUAUUACUCUCUUGCAAAAAAGAGCAAGUUGCCAAGAAGUGGCCAUUUUCCAUGAUUUUUUAAUAAUUUCCUUGCAUUUUUGUGGUUAUUUACAUCAAUAUAGAAGUCUCAAUGCGAGGUUAACACUACAUACCACACCUGGCAAAGUCUCACCAGUUUCCAGCGGUGGUAGGAUCAGGCUAGAUACUGUCUACAGAUGAAGGCAACCUCCCAAAAAUAAAGCUUUGAAAAAUAGUCACAUCUACAUGAUACAAUUUUAAACAUUUAUGAAACCCUUUUCUCCUGGCCAUCAGGCUUUCUCCUAAAAGACUGGGGGAUUAGUUCUGUGAAGGUGCUGAUGAAAGAUACACCUUUUCACAGCAUACAGUUUCCAGAGUUCUUGACCAGUCAUGUCUCCUCGUUAUACAAAGUUAAAACUGAUUUGUGUUUGUUGUAUUUCACAUUUGAGGGGUUCAAUACACAGUGCUUAUGAGUAUGACCAUCCUGUUUUGCCACAAAUGUUGGGAUAAAGGCAUAGAAGACCUUGAGUUACUGUUGGGAGAAAAUGGUUUCCUCCUGUACUGUUACAUCACUGCUUUAUCAUUAAGCCAGAGAAGUGGAAAAAACAGAUAUCUUUACCUUCAUGUCAGCGCUGAAUCCUGCUGUGUGGACUAUAUAACCUCCGAUUGGUCUUAC